GACGAUGCUACCUACCUCCGAUGACUUCCCUAAUCCCUGCAUCAUAGUAGAAGGAGAGAGCCACAGCCAAGAGCCAAAGAAAGAGAGGGGAAACGGAAGCCACCAGAUCCCAUGGCUGCGGCGGUGCUGGAGAGCGCGUCAACUGGGGUGAUGAACUCGGUCAUGGAGAAGCUGGCUGCUCUAAUGGGGGAGCAGUACGAGCAGCACAAGGCCGUCCGGAGGGACGUGGCCUUCCUCAUGGACGAGCUCGGCAGCAUGAACGCGGUCCUCAAGAAGCUCGCCGGCAUGGAGGAGCUCGACCCGCAGACGAUGGAGUGGAGGAACCAAGUGAUGGCCACGGCGUUCGACGUCGAGGACUCCAUCGACGACUUCACGCACCAGGUCGGUGACGGUGUCGGCGCCGGCGAUGCUGGCUUCGUCGCCAAGAUCCGCCAGUACGUCAACGACCUGAGGGUGCGCCACCGUUUCAACAAGCAGAUCCAGGAGCUCAAGAGUCGGGUGAUCGAGGUGAGCGAGCGCCGGAAGAGGUACAAGGUAGACGAUGGAGGCUCCCCUACCUCCAGCUGCGUAGCGAUCGACCCUCGGAUGGCCGCGCUGUAUGCGGAGGCAGCCAACCUUGUCGGCAUCGAUGCUCCGAUGGAUGAAAUCAUCAGGUUGCUGAACGAUGGUGGCGAUGCACCGGGAUGGCGGUGCCUGAGAGUGGUGGCCAUUGUUGGGUUCGGAGGCCUUGGCAAAACAACAGUUGCAAAUGAGGUGUACCGUAGGCUUGGCGGGCAGUACAGCUUCAAGGCUUUCGUAUCAGUGUCCCAAAGGCCCGAUCUGGUGAAGCUUCUUAGUAGGAUCGUCGACAAGGUUGGGAUGCCACAGCUGAAUCAUACCAACGAAGUGGAGGAUCUCAUUGAGAACGUCAGGGAGUUCCUAAAGGACAAAAGAUACCUUUUCGUGAUUGAUGAUAUAUGGGAUGCAUCAGUAUGGGAAAUUCUUCGAUGUGCAUUUCCGGAUAAUGAAGAAGGGAGCAAAGUAAUCACAACCACACGAAUUGAGACAGUGGCUAAGGCAUGUUGCACCUAUCGACGUGAGUUCAUUUACAGGAUGGAACCACUUGACGAUCAAAACUCAGCAAGAUUAUUUUAUAGUAGAGUCGGAUAUGUUUGUGCCCAGCCACUUAUAGAGAUUGCAAAUGAAAUUUUACAAAAAUGUGGUGGUCUCCCACUAGCCAUUAUAAGCAUUGCCAGCUUAUUGGCUAGUCUGCCAGCCAGAUCAAGGGAGCAAUGGAAGUUUGUGUGCGGUUCCCUGAGCUCAAAUUUGAGAACAAAUCCAACUUUAGAGGGGAUGAGACAAGUACUGAAACUCAGCUACAACAAUCUUCCUCCCCAUCUUAAAACAUGCUUGUUAUAUAUUGGUGUGUAUCCAGAGGAUCACUCCAUUGAAAAGGAAGAUCUGGUGAGGCUAUGGGUUGCUGAAGGUUUUGUCAGUAAAUUGCAUGAUCAAGAUGCAGAGGAAGUCGCUGGAAGUUAUUUCAAUGAACUAAUCAACAGGAGCAUGAUUGAACCUACAUACAUCGAUCACAACGGUGAGGUGUGGAGAUGCAAAGUACAUGACAUGAUGCUUGAUCUGAUCAGAAUGAAGUCAGAAGAAGAGAGCUUCUUGAGGGUGGUGGACAGUGUACAUGACAUAAGCACAUCACUGCAGACCAGGGCUCGUAGGCUUUCCCUUCACUUGGAUUUUACAGCAGAUCAAGAGACAAAAGCCGCAGCAAGCUUAAGCGUGUCACAUAUACGAUCGUUUGUUCUGUUUGGCAACACCUAUUUCAUACCUCCUCUUUCUGAAUUCAAGUACAUCAGAGUCCUGAAUCUGAAAAACCGGAGCGGUGAUGGGGACGAUACUAUUGAUCUGACGCCAAUCGCCAGACUAUAUCAGCUAAGGUAUCUUAAUGUUAGAAGGGAAGCACGGCUACCAGCCCAAAUUAGGACCCUGAAACGUUUGGAGACACUGGACCUGUAUAAGCUUGACGGUGAUGUGCCGUCAGAUAUCGUUCAUUUGCGUUGCUUGGUGCACCUGCUUAUUCCUGACGGUAAAAGGCUGCCUGAUGGAAUCUGCGCAAUGAAGUCCCUGCAUACUCUACGGCACUUCGAUUUGGCCAUGAACUCGGUGGAUAAUUAUAAGGGCCUUGGCGAGCUAACCAACCUUAGGGAUCUGAGGAUCUCAUGCACUGGCAGAGUCCCUCAGCAGGGAAUCAGGGACACCUUGUGGUCUUCUAUAGGCAAGCUUAUCAGCUGCAAAAUGAGGGCUCUGAUUUUUCCUCCCUAUCCUCUCGACCUGCCUCCUCCGGUUACUGAAUCAGAUGGUCUGACCAUUUCUCAAGCUGAGGGAGAUCUUGAGAUACUCGAGCUUUCCUCGACCAUGUUUUCCCAGGUUCCAAGCUGGAUUGACCAACACCAUAAGCUCUCCAAGUUGGCACUUUCAGUUAACAUGCUGAAGCAGGAUGGCGUCGAUUUGCUCGCUCAGCUGCCUAACCUCUACCACCUGGAGUUGAACAUCCGGAAAUCCCUGAAAGAAAGAAUCCUGCUCCGCGGCGGCUCUGUGGCAUUCCCAGUUCUCAGGUACCUGCAGCUCUCUUGCUUCGGGCCGUGGCUCCGCUUCGAGGCGGGGUCCAUGCCCAACCUCCGAGCGCUCAAGCUCAACCAACAUGGCCGCGGACUAGAGCGCUACGGCCCCUCCAUGCUCGAAGGCAUGGCGCACCUGCCGAGACUCAAGCAGGUCCAUGUCGUGAUCGCCAAUGGUUUCGGUAACGGCGCUGCAAGGCCGGGUGUCACGGCUGCCGAUGCCGAGGCUGCUUACAGGAAUGCCCUCAGCAUGCACCCAGGGCAUCAGAGCAUCGAGAUCAACGUUAUCCUUUUCUGUCUAGUGUUGACGCCCCCUGCUUUCCUCUACGAUUCUGACGACGGGCAGUAACUGAGGGUACUGUAGGAUGUAAUCGGAUCGGACGGAUAUUACUGAUAUCGUAUUUAUUUUUAUAUUUGUGUUCGAAUACAGAGUCGGAUACGGAUACUGUUAGUUUUUGCCGGAUAAAAUUAUAAUGGAUAUCAACAUCAUAAAAAUGUAACUUUUGAGCAUUUGGGUACGGAUCGCUUAUGGAUA